AUGGAGACAUUUUCAAGGCAACAACACAAACACCACGACAUCAGUAUCACAACCAAAGAUGUUUCUUCACGAAAAGCAAAACCUAGCCCUAUUCGUUCCUGGCUAUGGGAGACUCUGUCGCUAUUGUUGGCUCUGGGCUUGUUGAUAGCCACUAUCGUUAUCCCAGCACAGAACAACAAUAGAGUCUUGAAACCAUGGCCAUACGACAUCAGUCUCAACACAAUCAUCGCUAUCCUUAGCACUUUCAUGCGAGCCUCGAUGUUACUCGUUGUGGCUGAGCUCAUCGGCCAGAUGGGAUGGAAUGCUUUGCAGCAGCCCCGUCCUGUCUCCGAUCUUCAUCAUUUCAAUAAUGCUAGUCGUGGCAUUCUUGGAGCACUGAAGCUAUUCUGGACUGUUCCUCCACGACUCACGAGCAUCAUCGCCGCUCUUGUGAUUAUCAUAUCUCCUGCAAUCACCCCCUUUGCCCAGCAGUCUGUCAGCACAGUUCCUUGCCCAAGAACAGUCCAAGGCGCGCAGGCAUCUCUACCAAUCUCUCAUUAUGUCCCUGCGAUCAAUUCAAGCUUUAAUACAGGUGCCGCCAGCAUUGAACUGUCAGGUGAUAUGAAAGUCGCCAUGAUGAAUGGCCUUGUCAACCCUACGGGCAAGGACACAGCCAUAGCUGCAACUUGCUCUACUGGAAACUGCACAUUUUCAGCAAACUCCCAAGGAAUAACCCACUCCUCUGUUGCCAUGUGUAGUGCCUGCAUCGACACCUCGGAGUUGAUCGAAUUGAACAUUAGCAAGACGAACACUACUGGAGCCGGUGGAUACGCUGGCAAGGUUUACAAUUACUCUCUGCCAAAUGGGCAAUGGGUCCAGGCUGUUACCGGAAGCCAGGUCAUGGUCAUACCUGGAGAUUUAGAGUGGGCGCUCGACACACCCAACUCUAGGUUUGCCCAGUUGGCCAAAGUCGCUAUUUCGAACAUCACGACCCUAAGCUUCACGCAGCAGGGUUGUAACGUUACUACUAGCACCAACGCAACGUGUCCUGAGGAUAGGCUGACCUCAAAAAUGCCCGUGUCCCUGCGCUAUCAAUAUGCCGUAGCAACUUCCUGUGCCCUCUAUCCUUGCAUCAAGAAAUACUACGGCAAGGUAGACAGAGGUUCGCUUAUUGAGAAGGUGGUUGACGAGCAGCCCAUCGAUUACAAUAGGGCCGCCGAUGACGAGGCAGGAAACCGUGUUGGCGUGCAAACGCCCUGUUUGAUCGAUGGCAAGGAAUACAAACUUGCCAACUUUUCCCAAGCCAAGGAUCCCUCAGACUCUGGAACCAUUGUCCCGGUCGACGGGACCAACUACACAGUCCCGGAUCAAUGUGUAUACCAGCUCACCUUUCGGUACCGGCAAGCACUGAGACGCUUCAUUGAGAAAACACUCUUCAACACCGUCUGCUUGGCUAAUACUGUCGGCGGCGCAAAAGACCAGCUUGAUUGUGGUGACCAAUGGUGGUUACCUCCACUCUACAACUCAACAUUUGAAGGUCUCGAUGGUGCCUUUGAUAUGUUCACAACCGCCAUAACAAACAACUUCCGCAAGCAGGGUAUAAAGGGUAGUUCCAUGGAAGAGAACGACAAGGCUUCAGGCAUAGCUACAGAGAUGGCUAUCUGUACUGUUUUUGACUGGCGGAUCUUUGUUAUCCUGACAAUAUCUGAUAACAACCAAGUCAAGACUGAUACAUCAUACUCUUCCAUCCUAGCUUCCGUCCACGCACCAAAUAUCUUCAGCAGCCUAAUGGUGGUCGACCCAGCUAUGAUUCCAGCAGGUAAGAUCAACGACGCCAUGAUAAAGCUUCCCAAAGAGAUAUUCUGUCUCGGCCUCAAGGAAAAGUUCCCCGAUAGUAACGCUGUCGAAACCGCACUCCGUGAGAAUAAACGUACUCGAAACUGGGACGAACGCGCUAUCCGUAUGUUCACCCAACACGGCGUAAUCCCCAGCGAAAAGGGAGGCGUCAAGCUCAUCGCCCAUCCACGAUUUGACUGGGCUUUAUGGUACGACAAGCAAACUCCCGCCGAGUGCUAUGAUCGGUUCAAGGAUAUAAGCGUUGCGUUGCUUGCUAUCAUGCCCAAGAGACCUUUUGCUGUGCCGGCGAAGAUGUUCGAGGCUGAUGUUGGGAAAUUGAAGGAGAGGGUUGAUGUUAAGUGGGUAGAGGGGACGCAUCAGGUUGUUUAUGAGAGGAUGGAUGAUUGUGUUGGGUUUGUGGGGGAGUGGUUGGGGGAUGUUGCUGGUGAGAAGAGAGCUAAGCUGUAG